AUGAGUUUCGUCGGUGAUGGGAGGGACUUUGGUCUACUUACGGGCAAGGAAAUAGGCGGCCCAGGAGUCAGUAUCAAAGAAGAGCUCAGCGAAGAUGUCACUGAAGAUACAUGCCUUGAAAUAAAAGAGGAACCACUAGAUGGGGAUGAAGGGAGAAAUGAUGUGUGUAAUGUGAAUGUGAUGCAUGAAAGUCAUUUCUAUCAUGAUCUUCAUGAUCUAAAACAUGAGGUACAUGCAAAAGACUCGAGUAACUUGGUUCACGAUUGUAAUGACAUGUCAAAAGUGUCAUUUAGGGCUAAGGACUGUGGGGAAGAACGUAUUCAUCGAUGGGGUGUUCAAGUGAUGUGUGAGGAAAGACUGAAGGAGGAAACACAACUAAAAGUGGAAUCCAAAAGGAAAUGUUUUGCGUGUGAGGUGUGUGGUAAGGAAUUGUCUCAAAAGAGUCAUAUCAGCAUUCACAUGAGAGUCCACACAAAGGAGAAGCCAUACAACUGUGAAAUUUGCAACACUACCUUCUCACGAAAAAAUAAUUUGGUGAGACAUAUGAGAAUACAUGCAAGUGAGAAGCAACAGCUGUGA